AUGCCGACGAUAUUCUCGUGGUCCUACCCGUCGUUCGCGCGCACACGCCGCCUGCAGAUGCCCCAAUACAUGCCCCGCGCAGACUCUGCGGCCUCUCGCACAGCAACCGCCAUGGCCGCCGCCCAGCCCAACCCGAACGACGCCGUCAUCGACAUGAACGGCCCCAACGGAGGAGGGGAGAAGGACGUGAACACCCUGUUCGGGCCCAACAUCGGCAUCAUGGACGCUGGCCCGAAAUGGACGGAGCCGCUGGGGGAGAAGCCGGCGCAGGACGAGAUCACGCCGGACGUCGUCAAGGCCUGGAUCGACAAGUCCAAGGAGAGCGUCCAACCCACGACGACGCUCCAAGCGCUCGUCAACCUCAAGCGCCCGACUCUCCGCCUCACGCCCCUCCAGCCCGACGAAGAAGACGCCCAGGCGCAUCAAGAACACGAUGGAGCCCACGCCCUCGAAUUCGAAUUCGACGCCGACGCGCCCAAGGCCGCCAUCACCGUCUCCGUCGUCCUGCCCGGCGCGCCGCGCGACAGGCGGCCCGUGUACGAGGGAACAUUCGACGGCGGGUUCGGUCGCACGCUCACGAUUGCCGACGGCGCCACGCUCGAUCUGGGCCGGCUCGAGCCGUCGCCGCCCACUUCAUCUAUUACUUCACCGAAAGUGGACGCGGACGAGAAGGAGAAGGAGGCGCCCGCGCCCUCGCCAGAGAUGCCGCAGAACCAGAAUUACUCUAGGCGCUUCACAGUUGCCAUCCCCUUCCGCCGGCGCCACGGGCACCAGCCCUCGCGCUCCGUCGCGGGCCCGGCGCUCGCGGUCCUCGACAACGACGCGCCUACUGGACCCGAUGCGCCGAAGAAGGAAGGCGAGGAUGAAGGAGAGAGCGGCGUGAGGGUUAUCAUCACUCUCACGGCGUUACAUGAGGACGGGACGCCCAUCGCGCCGGCGAACAAGCAGGCGACGUAUCUGCAUGUGAUGCGGUACGGGGUUAGGAGCAGCGAGGAGGCGGGCGCGGAUACGCGGCCGUGGGUCGUUAAGGUCGUCAAGCGCGAGGCGACGAUCGGCCCACACACCUUCCACCUGCACGAGAUCUACGGCCUCUCCUCCGCCUCAUCCACACACACGCACGCCCCCACCGCGCCCCUCCCCUCGCCCACCACCACCUACCCGCCCACCUCCACCUCCGCCCCCGCCCCCGCGGCGCCAGCGGACGACGAGCCCUCGUCCGAGUGCCUCCUCUGCCUCAGCGCGCCGCGCGAGGUCGUGCUCCUCCCCUGCCGCCACCUCGUCGCGUGCAAGGACUGCGCGCUCAAUAUGGUAGAGUUCGGCGCGGGCGGGCAGAUCUCGCAUAAUGACGAGCCGGCCGAAGCGCCCACCACUACCACUGCGACCUCACCCACCGAUGGGGUCGCGUCGCCGCCCGCCAGCGCCGCACCGCCCACAGGAGCAGCAGCCGAGACGCAGCCCCUGGCGCCCGCUAUCGCCCCCGUCCCCACCCGCCCGCGCAAGCGGCGCGCGAAGGGCUGGUUCUGCCCCGUCUGCCGCCAGCCGUACACGUCCUUGCUGCGCAUCACGACGGCGCCGCCGCCGGCCGAUGGCAAGCGCGUGAGCACGGCGAGCUCGAGCGAGGUGCCGAGGAUGCCGGAGCCGGCUGUCGCGCCGCCGCAGAGCGCGGCGCGGCCGGGGUUUUUGAGGUUGGGGAGGGCGGAUGGGGCUGCUGUCUAG